AUGUCCUCCGUCAUUGUGUUCGGUCCGACCGGUAGUGUUGGGUCUUUUGUGGCCCGCACCGCCCAACAGCUUGGGGCUAAGGUGUUCCUCGCAAUGAGAGAUACCACAAAAGCAAUUCCAGGGUUGACCCCAGAAGCUGAAAAGGCAGGAGAAUUUGAAAGAGUCCAGGCUGAUCUAACCCAGCCUGACACCGUCACUGCGGCCGUGCAGUUGUCUGGAGCCAAGCGUGCUUUCAUCUACCGAGCCAACGGCAUGCCCGACCACAUGCGAUCCACGUUGACUGCGCUCAAAUCUGCUGGCAUCGAAUUCGUUGUGUUUCUCAGCAGCUACACUAUUGCCGGGGACCCGCGUGACGUAAAGCCCGAUGAUAUGAUUCCUUUCAUCCAUGCUCAAAUUGAGAUUAACCUGGAUGAGAUCUUUGGCGCUGAUCACUAUGUUGCAAUCCGCCCCGGUGGCUUCGCGACUAAUCUGUUGCGCUUCAAGGAUGGCAUUGUUUCCGGCGAGCUGAAGAUGUUUGGUCCAAUGUUCAGAAUGGAUUUUGUCACUCCCGUCGAUAUGGGUCAAGUCAGUGGGACAGUCUUGGUGCAAGGGCCUAAGAACAACCAGCGAAAGGUUUAUAUCUAUGGACCACAGAUCCGCCCUCAAAAGGAAGGAGUGGAGAUCAUUGCGAAGAUUGUGGGCAAGGAGAUCAAGUUUUUACCUGUCACCGCGGACGAGGCGAUCGGGCAAUUUAUGGCAUCUGGCGUGCCAAAGCCUGUUGCGCUGUAUAUGGUCGACAAACUCGAUAACUCCGACAACGCGGAUGCGGAACGUGCUCAUUAUGCGAGUGGUGUCGAAAAUGUGAAGCUAUACCUGGGGAGACCAGCCACAACUCUGGAAGCUUGGGCGCAAGGAAUCAAAGAUAUAUUCGAAGAUCGUGGCUGA